AUGAGUCGUGUCUAUUUCACCAGUAACAUAAUCGGGCCAGAGAUCUUUGUGAGCCCAAAGGGCGUUAUGGAGAAUGCCAGCUCUGUGGGGUUGGCUCUCGUCGUGUGGAUUGUCACCGGAGUGAUCACAGCCAUUGUCUGUCCACCCACUGUGAUCUACCCCACCAACCAGGCUGUAAUCAUCCUCACCUUCUCCAACUACAUCCUGCAGCCACACUUGCCCUCCUGCUUCCCCCCCCAGAGAGUGGCCUCCCUCCUUAUGCUGACAUGGGUGAACUGCUCCAGUGUACGCUGGGCCACACGUGUUCAGGGUGUCUUCACUACUGGGAAAGGGGGAUACCUACUACUGGCCUGGGGGCUUAUCAUCAUUAUGGCCUUUGUGCAGAUCAGCAAAGGAAAGUAUUACUGUCUGGAGCCGGUGCAUGCGUUCGAGACUUUCCAGCCCUACGACAUUGGCCAGAUAGCCCGGUCCUUCCUGCAGGGUUCCUUUGCCUACGGGGGAUGGAACUUCCUCAACUAUGUCACAGAGGAGCUUGUCGACCCCUACAGGUGUGCUAGAACCCCAACUUGA